CUCUUUUACAGAAAGUUGCUGGUAUUUAGGGAACUGCUUAAACUUCAGCUGAACAAUAUUCUUUCCCUUUACUUAGGUGGAAAGGAUCUAUUUUUGACUGAGGAACAGAAAAAGUACUAUAAUGCCCUAAAAAAACUUGGAUCCAAGAAACCUCAAAAACCCAUCCCAAGACCAUUGAAUGCGUUCCUGGGAUUACUGUUUGAUAUCAUAAUGCACAAAGCAUUUGACAUCAUCAUCAUGAUUUUCAUCUGCCUAAAUACGGUUGUUAUGAUGGCAGAAAAUAACCAGGAAGGCACCAAGGAACUUCUUAAUAAAAUCAACUAUUUUUUUGUGGCUUUAUUUACAGCAGAAUGUGUCAUAAAAGUGCUGGCCUUAAGACAGCAUUACUUCAAAAGCAUCUGGAACUUAUUUGAUCUCAGUGUUGUCGUCCUUUCAAUAGUUAGUAUUGGAGUUUCUGAAGCCUUUCAAAAAUUCGUCUCUCCUACACUUUUGAGAACUAUUCGUUUGGUGCGAAUUGGCCGAAUCCUGAGAUUGGUUCGAAAAGCGAGAGGAAUUCGAACCCUUCUCUUUGCAUUACUGAUGUCUCUUCCUGCACUGGUCAACAUUAGCCUUUUGCUUUUCCUGAUUAUGUUCAUUUAUGCCAUUGUGGGCAUGAAAAACUUUGCCUGUCUUCCCUGGGAAGGUGGGAUUGAUAACAUUUUCAACUUUCAAACCUUUUCUGGUAGCAUUCUCUGUCUCUUCCAAAUUACAACAUCAGCUGGCUGGGAUGGUCUUCUGGCCCCUUUGUUAAGUGAAUCUGGUACAUGUGCUCCCAACUUAAAUUUAACAGAGACAGAUAAAACUACUUGCAAAAAUAGACCAUUUGGUAUUUUUUAUUUUGUAAGCUAUGUCAUUAUAUCAUUUCUCAUUGUUGUAAAUAUGUAUACAGCUGUCAUUUUAGAGAACUUCAAUAUUGCCACUGAAGAAAGCACAGAUCCUCUUUGUGAGGAGGACUUUGAUAUGUUUUAUGAGACCUGGGGAAAAUUUGAUCCUCUGGCAACACAGUUUAUUGACUAUUCUGCUCUUUCAGACUUUGCAGAUGCUCUGGCAGAACCCUUGCGCAUUCCAAAGCCCAAUAGCAUCCAGCUCAUAUCCAUGGACCUCCCUCUAGUGAGUGGAGAUAAGAUCCACUGCUUGGAUAUCUUGCUUGCUUUCAGUAAACGAGUCUUGGGAGAGUGUGGAGAUUUUGAUACACUUAAGUUACUGAUUGAAGAAAAAUUCGUGGCUGCCAAUCCAUCUAAAAGAUCUCACAGGCCAAUUUCUUCUACAUUUAAGAGAAAACAAGAGGAGGUAUCAGCAGUUAUUAUCCAAAGGGCCUUCAGGAGGUAUUUGAUACAGCGUUCUUUCAAAAAUACAUCUUUCUUAAACAAAGGAAUCAAGUGCACCCUCAGUAGAUUUGCAGAUGACACCAAGCUGACUGGUGCACUUGAUACUCCAAAAGGAUGGAAUGCCAUCCAGAGGGACCUGGAUAAGCUCUAG